UUUCUACUUUCUGGUUUUAGCCAGCAACCAUGAAGGUGAUCAUCUUUACGUGUCUACUUUUCCUAAUUAUAAAAACAGAUGCUCAAACUAUCCCAGCGUCUUGUAGCACAAGCGAUACAAACAGAUCCCCGGAAAACUCUGACAUUAAGGUGGUCUGUGGAACGGAGUCUAUGGACCUGCGCAUCUUGCUUUGCCCCAUUUACAAUGCCAACUACAACGAGACUCUGAUGAUUCUCAAUGGGCAGACCAACACUGAGUGUAAAGGGACACCAGACUUCACUACCACCCCCCCGGUGUUAAAAUUCAAAUUCUCCAUAAAUCAACAGUCUCUUUCUUCCUGCAACAAUGUGUUCCGGAUCUUUGAUGUUGUUGGGAGUGGAGACUUUUCACAGUUUUCCAGUAUUCAGCACGUGAACAUCUCAGGGAGGGUGGAGUCGUUUGACCCUACUCCUGGUAUGAUCACCUACCGAUCACAGCUAACCUACAUGUACUCAUGCCAGUACCCCUUGCAGUAUGUGCUCAAUAACACCGAGAUGGCCGUAGCUGGAGUCAGCCUCGCCAUAACUGACAACAAUGGAAGUUUUAUCAGCACUCUGACGAUGGGGUUAUUCAACGGUCCAGACUUCCUUAAACCUCUUAUUAUUCCGACAACAGGACUUGGCCUAAAAGAACAAAUUUAUGUCCAAGUUAGUGCUAGCAAUCUGUCAGACAGAUUUAACGUGCUGCUUGACCGAUGCUUUGCGACAGUCGGUUUGUAUCCUGAUAGUACACCAGGUUAUGACCUUUUUAUUGGCUGUAACCAGGAUCCUCAGACAAAAGUGCUUGAGAAUGGAAUCUCUCAGAAAGCGUCAUUUGUAUUUGAGGCCUUUCGAUUUGUGCAGCACAAAAACAUGACGGUGUCCAGAUUCUACCUGCACUGCAUCGCGAGACUCUGUAACGUGUCCAUGUGUGCGAGCAUGUUACCCACCUGUCCAGGUAACAGGAGAAGAAGAGCGACAGAAGGAGAGGAUAGUGCUACAAUCACCUCAUCGGAAAUUCUUGUGGGCAAGCUACCCACCCCAGCUCUUGUAAAUGGCCAGGGUAAUAAAGCAGGUGUGGUGGAAAAGUUAGAGUACAGCAGCCCCGUGGUGGCAGUGAUAGUGUGCGUAGCCCUCCUCUCCGUGCUCUUGGUGAUGAUGGGGGCUUACUUCACAUGGACCCUCCGACAUAAACUUAGGCACUAAUCGCGCUACAGGACAGGACCCAGAAUCUGCUCUGAGGGCAGCAGUGUAUUUUAACCAAAGCUUCAGGGAUAAUAAGGGACAGUAGGAUUCACUGACAUCAUCUAAGGCUACAGGUGAUCUGUCAGUAAUUAAAGGUUGUUAUUAAUGUAAUCAAUCAGCCAAAAGGUUUGCGUUUUGCCAGUUGUUUGUAUUAUAAUGCAUGAAAGUAUUAUUGGUGAAAGGAUGUCAUGUUAAUUAACUGCAGCAUGUUUUCUGAUUUUUGAGCAUGUGUGAGGCUGCCCUGUUUUGAUUACGAAAAUGACAUGUAUUUGCACAAAAGUUUAAUCCAAAUGAUAAAAUA